UGUUAUUUUUCAGACAAAAUGAACAAGACAGAAAGGUCAGAGGAAGAACAAGCGGCAAUUUUACAGGAUUUGAACAAUGACGAGCUUGACAAGCUUAUUCCUGCUGUAAUAUUUCUCUCCGUCAUUUCACUGACUGGCAUAGUCGGAAAUAGUUUAGUUAUUCACAUUUACAGAACGCGAUUCAAGUUUUCUAACGUUCAGUGUUUUGUUCUAACUUUGGCAGCUAUAGAUUUGUGUUCAUGUUGUGUAGCUAUUCCUCUUGAGAUAGUCACUCUUCUAGACAAGUUUACAUUUAAGCCUGGAUGGCUCUGUAAAUUGGCCAGAUUCAUAAAUGGCGUUUGCACAAAUGCCUCAACGUUUAUGCUGAUAAUGAUAGCUGUCGAUAGAUUCCGGAAAAUUUUGAAACCAUUUGAAUGGCAAAUCAAAGCAUCUGUCGCAAAGAUGUUAUGCGUUGCAUCUGUGAUCCUCGCAACGAUGGUUUCAUGGCCUGCAAUCGCCAUUUACGGAAAAGAAACUUUCGAUAUCCCAAAAUUCAAUCUUACCGGAAGUGAAUGUGGGACUGAUAAUAAUGUAAAAGAUACGUCAUUUCCGGUUGUAUACACACUUACUCUUGCGAUUUUGUUUAUUAGCAGUGUAAUUAUAUUGGUUAUACUGUAUUGCAUGAUUGGACAUAAAGUGAGAAGCCACGUUCGUAACAUGAAGGACGGUUUAGGAAAAGCUGGUUCACAAGCUUACACCCGAAACCAGAAGACUGCAAAAAGAACUACUUUCGUCAUGUUUCUGGUUACUAUAGCGUUCAUUUGCAGUUUCCUCCCACAUCUUAUAGUGAGGCAAUUCAAAAGCAAGUUUACAGCAGACGGUUCUUCCAGCGGAAGUGAAGGUGUUUACAAAAUCUUGACAAGAUCCUACUUCCUGAACUGCGCAGUAAAUCCUAUUAUUUAUAGUAUUUUCGACUCGCGAUUCCGGCGUGCGUGUAAGAGAAAGUCAUCUGGAGAAUUAACUAGCGAUUCUCAAACACACGUACAAAGGUUAACACAAAUUCCAAAAGACACAUGUGUUAUUUCAAAGAUCACACCGUCAUGAAGGACUGUAUAAUGUUGAUAAUGUUUUUAAAAGUUUGUGAAAAGAUAUUUUGUUUCAUUUUCGGAUUGUGAUUUCGGAGUAAAUAUACAAUAUUUAAUCCCUUAUACGGACGGUUUGUAGUAAACCAUUUUCCGGCAAAAAACAAAAAUAUUCGACGGUAGCAGUUUUCUGCCAAACAUGACAGUGGAAAAAGACAACAGAUUCUUGACAAUGUGUAUUACAUUAAUUUUAUCACAUGAUACAAUGUGUAUUACAUUAAUUUUAUCACAUGAUUAUGUUAAAUUUAAUUUUCAGAGCCAAUAGUCAUGCAAUGAAACACAAUUUGGUCUGCUUUUCUAUUUAGACUAGUGUAGACUAGUGUUUAUUUA